CAUUUUGUCACUUUGAGGCCAGCUGUGUGGUACGUAUAUAACAGCCACACAGUUUCAACACACACUUCAUCGUAUGCAUCCCCAUUCGGUAACAUCAUAAUGAACGUCAUCCAUCUCUUGGUUUUAAUUUGUUUUACUCAGCUGUUCAUAAGUCCUUUAUGUGACGCACAGGACAGCGUGGUUGAGGGGUCUGGUGAAAUACUUAGGCAAACCGACAAAGUACCAGUAAUUGAUGAUGAGCUCAUUACAACUCGGGCUUCCACCCAGAGGGAUUUACUUCCUAGCCAUGUACAGAAUUCCAAGAGUGAAGAUAAAGUGCCCGUGUCUGGCUCCAUUGACAACAGAGAAACGACAUCCUUAGACCUCGUUUUCAUCAUCGUCCCAGCUGUAGUAGGGGCGGCUGUGAUUGCAGCGGUCAUUAUAGGAGUUGUCGCCAUUCGCCGUCGAGGUGAGUUCCUAGCCUCUAUGUAUAUUCGAUUUGUAUCAGGGUCUGAUUUAUUGUUAAAAGUAUUUAUCUGUGCUUUAAAUGAUUGAAGUUGUCACAUGCGAAUACCGCUGUCAUUAGAACUAAACCUGCGCGUAUUUUAGGCGUAAAAUGGAACGAGGACAAAUUGGUGUAGAUUACCUUGAAUGAGAGCAAUGAUAAAGUUAGUUUCACACAAUUAUGUAAUAUUUCAAAUGUUAACACAGUUUUUAGAUACCUGACUAAUUUGUUACCGUGGAAAAUUACUGGAAAGGAAUUCUCACUUGUUGGAAUUUAUAUACCAUUGUUUUAAUUGUAAAAAGGAGAGAGAGAGAGAGAGAGAGAGAUAUUGUGGACCAAAUAACAUUAUAGAUAGCAAUUGAUUUUUAUAUAUUUUUGGUUUACAGGAUACCAUGACAAAGUGGUGUUAUAAAGCCUCCGGAUGAUUUCCUGUCUCAGAUCUGUGAUAGUGACAGCAGAUAUAUGUGUGUUAUUGCUUCAAAUGUGAAGACGUAGUGCAUAAAUCAAUUGUUGUGUUGCUGUUGAGAGUAUUCAUUGCAAUAUUUUUUUUAAAAAAAUGAAAUUGAACGGAAUCAAGACCAAAUAAAAUUGUAGUAAAAUAGUACCAGGUUUUGACACUUUCACCAAAAUAUUCCAGUCCUUUUAUUUGUUGUUUUGGUGGAUUAUUUAAUUUUGUUAAUUGUGACAAGUAGACGCAAGUUUCAUUUGGUCCAAAAACUUCAGUACCAGAUAUUCUUUCAACACAUCAAUGAGCAGUGCUGUCGUCCCUUGUCUGUACGCUGAGCGGUCGGUCUAUUCAGCUACCCUUUUUUAUCGUAAGGCAAUUAGUUGUGUUUUUAUGUUAUUUAAUGUGAGAAUAAGUUUAAUGAAUGUGCAUGUGAUAUAUGAUAGUGAUGUCCCAUGUGCUUGUAUGUUAGAUGUUUUAGUUACUGUUAUGUAAUAUAAGGAAUAAAUAUAAUAUUGAAAA